CGAAGGAAUAGUAAAUAAAACAGAUGGAAAUAUACUUGAUGGAUAAGAAAAGAAAGUACAAUACUGAAAAGGAGGUGUCCGAUAUCGAAAUCCAAUUUGUUGACACAGCGAUUCUUGUUGCAAUUUAAUUAACAAAAUAUAUAUACGUACUGCGUAAUAGUUUAAAUAAUAACGUAGCUUUGCUACUUGCAAACUUAAAGGCAAAGAUGCCAACGAAUAACACCAGUUCCAAUUUCAAGACUUUCAAAGUGGUGCUACUGGGCGAAGGUUGUGUUGGCAAAACUUCAAUCGUUUUACGUUAUGUCGAAGAUAAAUUCAAUCCUCAACACAUCAGCACCUUGCAGGCUUCAUUUCUAACCAAAAAGCUAACUUUAGAGGAUGGUAGCCGAGCACAUCUUAACAUCUGGGAUACUGCUGGUCAGGAACGUUUUCAUGCUCUCGGACCUAUCUAUUAUCGUGGAUCACAUGGUGCCAUACUCGUUUAUGAUAUUACCGACGAAGAUUCCUUUCAAAAGGUAAAAAAUUGGGUAAAAGAACUUAAACGUAUGCUGGGUGCUGAAAUUGUUAUAACAAUUGUGGGCAAUAAGACGGAUUUAGAUGCACAACGCACGGUGCCACAAGAUGUUGCAUUAGAAUAUACCGAAAGUGUGGGGGCACACUAUUUCGAGACAUCUGCCAAAGCCAAUGAAGGCAUAGAGGAGCUAUUCACAGCGCUUACACAAUUGAUGAUACAACGUCAUACUCAACGCGAACAAGAAACUAGUUCAUUGCGUCUGAUGCAGGGUGGACGUACGUCACAACGGUUGAUAGUUGAGGAUGACUCACAGGAUGGCGAUGAAGAGGGCAGACAAACGCCUACAACGAAUAGGUCAUGCUGUGGUGCUGGUUAAAAUAGUGGGGUUUAUUUAAUUAAAUUCUAAACACCCAAACUACAAAACACUUGUUAAAGGGGAAGGGUGGCAAAAGUAGCGUAAUUAUGUUAAUGAGAGUGUGUAAAUGCAAAUGAUGAGAAAAAAAUACUACGACGAUGUAGACAACGCCAACGCCGACGCAGCCGCCGCUAGAUUAAAUUGUGAUAAACUUAUUGUAAAAUAUAAAUUUAAUAUUUUUUCUAUAAAAAACGCUCUAAUAAUGUAUGCUUUUUAAACAUCUAAUUCCAUACACUCUUCUACUGUCGAACAAAAACUAAAAGUUAAUUUCUACUUUUACUAAAUGCUAUAUUGAUCUAAUAGCCAAUUACUUUCAAAUUUCGAUACAUUUAAAGCUUGUUAUUUUUAAUACACAUUUGUUGUUAUUAUUGUAAUACAAUUAAAGUUCUCUGCUUCAAAUGGCAGCAAAGAAAUUACAAAAGA